AUGCUGCCUUCUUUUGUCAAUAACGCCGCUCGGGUUUUGGCCCUUGGAGCUCUUCUCGUUCCCGCCGUCCAGGCUGACUUUGACGCUGGCCUAGAAUGGAUUUCUACCAAUAAGUCCUUGCCGAAAGUUGUUGCUAGAGGUACCAUUCUCUCGGCAUCAAACUAUAGCCGGCUUGACAAUGUCAACUAUGGUUCCGGCGUUGGGCCUACACCGGAACAGCUGAUCGGCAACGUUUCAGAAGUUCUGGAUGUUGCCCAGCUGGCAGUCGUCAACUUCAACGUCUCUGGUGGUAGCUCAGGCCUUAACUCGUCGCUGUAUCUCAACAUCAGCCAGCACGCCAACCGCCAGCUGUGCGACCCGGACUCUGACAUUGCUGGAGCAAUCAUGUUCCACGGCACAAACACCCUUGAAGAGACGGCCUUUGGAGUUGACCUUACUUUCAACUGCUCUAAGCCGUUCAUUGCCACUGGUGCAAUGCGCCCAGACACUUACGUCUCUCCUGACGGACGUUCCAACUUUUACCAGGCCGUCGCUGCCGCUGUCUCACCCGCGUCACGCAACCGCGGUGGUUUGAUUGCUUUCAACGACCGAAUCACCUCCAUCUUUUACUCCACAAAGCUCAAUGCCAACACCCCAGACACCUUCAAGUCUCUGGAGCAGGGCAAUCUUGGAGCUUUCUUGGGCGGCCAGCCAUUCUACUACUUCGGCCCUUCUUAUCCCACUGGUCGGCCGUAUUUCGACGUUACCAACACUACUGAACUGCCUUCCGUUGCCAUCUUCUUCGGACACCAGGGCUUUGAUGCUUCGCUGAUGCACGCAGCUGUUGCUAACGGCGCCAAGGGCCUGGUUGUCAUGGGCCCUGGAGCAGCUUCUCUCAGCCCCGGCGCCCGAGAGGCCGCCGCAGAACUCUUCGAGAAGGGCAUUCCAACCGUUGCUGUUGCCCGACCCACCACUGGAACUGGCGUACCAUCCAUCAACCCUGGUCCCGUUUUCUUCUCAAGCUAUGUCGGUGCUGAGCAGGCCCGCGUGAUGCUGCAGCUUGCAAUCGGUACCGGACUUAGCCUCGACGAGAUCCGAGAUCUGUUUGAGACUCCCCUGAGAGAGGCGGUUUAUGCCCCUUGGGCUAACCAGCUUGCCUAUUACUAA